AUGUCUUACGACGAUAUAGAAAACGCAACACCAGAUAUUGUUAUUGGAGGCACCUUGGAAGAGGAAACCGAAGAUUACACAUACGAUGUGGAGAGCGAGAAUGAACAGAAUGAUGAAAAAUUCUUGAAUGAGUCAGAAGCCAAGGGCAAGAAAUCAGUUGCAUUUGCUGGUUUGGAUGAGGAGGACGAGCAAAAGGCAGAGGAAUUGGCCAAGAGGGAGUUUGAGGAAGGUGGCGGUCUUCCAGAGCAGCCAGAUAACCCAGUGUUUUCUGAGUUGACUCCAUUGUCACCUGAAAUCAUCAACAGGCAAGCAACAAUCAACAUUGGAACUAUUGGACACGUCGCACAUGGUAAAUCUACAGUGGUGAGAGCUAUCUCUGGAGUUCAAACUGUUCGGUUCAAGGAUGAGUUGGAAAGAAACAUUACCAUUAAGUUGGGUUACGCAAAUGCCAAAAUAUACAAGUGUAACAAUCCUGAAUGUCCCGAGCCAGAUUGUUAUAGAUCAUUUAAGUCAGACAAGGAAAUCAGGCCUAAAUGUCAGCGUCCUGGUUGUUCAGGAAGGUAUGAGUUGGUUAGACACGUUUCCUUUGUCGAUUGUCCAGGGCACGAUAUUUUGAUGAGUACUAUGUUGUCAGGAGCAGCGGUGAUGGAUGCUGCACUCUUGCUUAUUGCAGGAAAUGAAAGCUGUCCUCAGCCUCAAACCUCAGAGCAUCUUGCUGCUAUUGAGAUUAUGAAGUUGAAGCAUGUGAUUAUUUUGCAAAACAAAGUGGAUUUAAUGAGAGAAGAAUCUGCAUUGGACCACCAGAAAUCCAUUAUUCAAUUCAUCAGAGGUACUAUUGCUGAUGGCGCGCCUAUUGUCCCAAUCUCUGCGCAAUUGAAGUACAACAUUGAUGCAGUGAACCAGUUUAUUGUCAACUCCAUUCCAGUUCCAAUAAGAGACUUUUCGGCGUCUCCUAGAUUGAUUGUUAUUCGAUCUUUCGAUGUGAAUAAGCCUGGUGCAGACGUUGAUGACUUGAAAGGUGGUGUUGCUGGUGGAUCUAUAUUGACUGGUGUUUUCAAGAUUGGUGACGAGAUCGAGAUCAGACCUGGUAUCGUCACAAAGGACGACCAAGGCAGAAUCCAAUGUAAGACAAUUUUCUCAAACAUUGUCUCCUUAUUUGCCGAACACAAUGACUUGAAGUUUGCCGUUCCAGGUGGUUUGAUUGGUGUAGGUACAAAGGUUGACCCCACCUUGUGUAGAGCAGAUCGUUUGGUCGGACAAGUUGUCGGUGCCAAGGGAAACCUUCCAUCCAUAUACUCUGACAUUGAGAUCAACUACUUUUUGUUGAGAAGAUUAUUGGGUGUUAAGACGGAAGGCCAAAAGCAAGGUGCUAAAGUCCGUAAGUUGGAGGUGGGAGAAGUGUUGAUGGUGAACAUUGGUUCUACGGCUACUGGUGCUAGGGUUGUUGCUGUCAAGGCUGAUAUGGCCCGUUUGCAACUUACCUCACCAGCUUGUACAGAGAUUAAUGAAAAGAUUGCCUUGUCGAGACGUAUCGAGAAGCAUUGGCGUUUGAUUGGUUGGGCCACUAUCAAGAAGGGUACAACCAUCAAUCCAGUUGUAUAA